GCCACUGGUCGAGAACAGGUGAAGUGAGGCGACAACAGUCGGACUCGGCAGAAUCGCUGUGUUCAGAGACUUAAAACCAAGUGUCUGAAGUGAAGUAUUGGAAGGUGUGACGAAUACCACCGAAGAUGGGGAGCCGAAGGUUUGACUCAAGAAAAAGAAGAGAUAGGUAUGGCGGUUAUGACACGAGCGGUUGGGAAAGUGGCGGGGAUGAAAGACGAGAUAGAAGUCGGGAGGAGUAUAGGGAACGCCGACCCAGCGACAAGAGAGGAGGUUCGGCUGACAGCUACGACAGAAGGGGCUACGGAGAAGCGGGUGCAAGACAAGUGAGGUGUUAUGAAUGUAAAGAGCUAGGGCAUUAUAAAAGUCAAUGCCCGAGACUGCAAGGACGACCAGGAAACGGAGGACAGGGAGGAAUGGUCUUCUUGAGCAAAGAGUUGGAGGACUCAUUGAGUGUGGUGGGGAGGAUGGCAAAACAACUAUUGGAGAAGCAGAAGGAGGUGAAAGAUGCUAAAAGGGAGGCGGAGGAGAAAAGAAAGAAAGAGGAAGAGGAGAAAGCAGCAAAAGAGGCGGCCGCAAGGGUCGAGCUGGAGAAAAAGAAGGUGAAGGAAGAGAAGAUCCAGAAAAGGAAAUGGGAGAUUAAGACGUCGUUGGCGGAACAGCGUGAGAUGUAUGAAACGAAAUUGGAGAAAAUUGUGCGGAGUGGCAUUAAAAGAGUUUCUAUCGGGAAGAAGGAAACUGCAGUGGCUGCGCAAACAUCAUCUAGUUCAGAAGACGAAGAUGAAGAAGUUGUGGUGACACCGCUAGUCGACAAACGCAAGAGGCGGGACUCUACAGGGGAUGUCGAGAACAACCCACCAACGGAAACACCAUCCAAGCUUGGUAAGAAAGAGGAUACGAGCACGCCGACAAGCUCAAAGAGGAAGGGCAGGGGGAGGCCUACUAAGACCGAGGCACAGCCAAACAGGAUGGCUCGAGGAGAGGACCCAUGGGAAGGCGUUCCCAUGGGCGAGAAGUUUUCAACGGAAUCAGCGUACAAGAAAGCGGUUCGGAAGACUUUGGGAUCGUUUUACCCAAAAACGCUCCAGUUAAUGUGUAAAGGAGCGGCAAUUCCGUUUUAUGGUGUUAACGAUGCAGUUGACAUCCUGGCAGAGCUCCGAGUUACGUUCUGUUUCAGAGGGAAGGCAGCGCCGGGCUCCACAUCGAGUAAGGAAGACGAGAUUCAAAUAAGGGGCGACAAGAAGGAGGAUUCAGGUGAACCAGACGAAUAGGUGUGAGGGGUGGAAGAUACUAUUGACAUUCUUAGAAUGCCGAAAAUGGUGUUGACUGAAUAAGAAGGCUAAAGAGCUUAGACCAUU